AUGCCGCUCGGCAAGCGAAGCGACUGCGGGGAUGCACGCUUCGCAGGCGUCGAGAUCCCUUUUGCACAUGAUGUUGCGGACGCCAUGCAGGCUGAGCUGCUGUGCGGCUUCGAUUUUGUGGUGGCGCCACUAGUGGACUCGGCCCACCAGCAGCCGGCGCUGGAGCUGCCGCCGGGAGAGACGGCUGCGCCGCGCACGCGCCGCGAGCUGAUGCUCUCCUCGGCGCAGUGGGGUGGCCAGAUUGUCGGCAAAACGAGUGAGUGGAUUCACCCCGACUCAUCCGACGCUGACCUGGCGGCCCGCAGCGCGCGCGCCCUGGCACAGGAGAUAGAGUGGGCCUCCUUCCUCGGCCUGCAGGCCGUCGUCGUGCAGCCGCCCCCGCGCCUGGGCGCGGCGGUCAACUUUGCGCGGCUGGUCAACCGCGCGCUGGAGGGACUGUCGCACAUGGCACUGUGGGUGAAGCUGCCGCUGGCAGCGGCCGCGGCAGCACCGGCGGCGGCGCGCAGACAGAAGCAGGAGCGGCGGCAGCGAGCCGAUGUGGAGGCAGGGGCGAGCGGCAGCGGUGGGAGUACGCAGCAGCAGGGACAGCAGCAGCAGGAGCAUCAGCAGCAGCAGCAGGAGCAAGGGGAGGCGGACCAGGCGGAGCGGGAAGGGGUGGAUGAGCCGCGCGACCCCUGGGAUGACUGGCAGCAGCUGUUUGCCCUCUGCGAGCGCUCCAACCUGCUGGGGGCCGCGCUGGAGGUGCCCGCGGACCUCCCGCCCGCCCCCCUCGUGCGCCGCUGGCUGGGCCAGCCGCUGAAGGCGCUGCUGCUGCCCACGUCGGUGUUUGGCACCAACAAGCGCGGCUACCCAGUCCUCAGCCGCGCCCACCAGGAGCUGGUGCACCUGGCCUUUGCCCACGGCGUCCAGGUCAUCCUCACGGGAGACAGCAAGCACAGGGUCGCGCCCGCCCCCACCGCGCCGCCGCCGCCGCCGCCUUCGUCGGCCCCCAAGCAGCCGGCCGGCGGUGCCGAGGGCGCCGGCGGCGGCGAGCCCGGCGACUUUCCCAUCGUGAACCCCGGGGAGAGCCACGCCCUGCGGCCUUACUGGGAGUACCUGUGCUACGUGUGA